AUGGGUUUAUUAUCUGAAGGUCACCCAUUAGCAUGGAAUGAAAUUAAAGCUGCUUUGGAACAAUUACGAACGUAUGGGGUAGAUCAACUUUUACGUGUUUACAGUAAAUGUAAAGAUCGUCAAAGAGAUUCAUUUACAUGGGGAGAUGAACUUGAAUAUACAUUAGUAAAAUUUGAUCAUGAAAAUAAAAAAGUUCAAUUAUUAUUAAAAGCUCAUAAAUUAUUACCAAUUCUACAUGAAUUAAAUAAAAAAAUUGAUGAUGGAGAAUGUUGUAUUGCUUGGCAUCCUGAAGCAUGUGAUUUUGUUGUUGAAGGUGUUCCAUUUCAACCUUAUGGAUUUUUACCUUCUCAUCUUAAUACAGUUGAAGCAAAUAUGCGAUUGAGACGUGAACAAGUACAAAAAUUUUUAUCUGAACAAUCAGAUAAUGAAUUUAUUUUAAAUAUUGCUGCUUUUCCUAGAUAUGGACAAGGAGAAUAUACUUUUCCACCGGUUGAAUGUAGUCCAGCUCAUUCUACUGAAAAAUCUCUAUGUUUUCCAGAUUCACUUAUUUCACCAAUUCAUCCACGAACAAAAUCUUUAUCAGAAAAUACGAAUGAACGACGUGGAGCAAAAGCAUCAAUUAAUGUUCCAAUAUAUAAAGAUACAUGUACACCAAUACCAUUUCAUGAUGAAUUAUUUAAAGAUGAUCCUAAUAUAAUCGAUGAUCAUAUUCAUUUGGAUAGUACAACAGCUGGUUGGGGUUGUUGUUGUCUUCAAGUAACAUUUCAAGCUGAAUCAUGUGAAGAGAGUCUUGAACUCUAUGAUCAAUUAUUACCAUUAUGCCCUAUUUUGUUAUGUUUAAGUGCUGCAUGUCCAAUAUGGCGUGGUUAUUUAUCUGAUAUAGAUUGUCGAUGGAAUAUUAUAAGUGAAGCGGCUGAUGAUCGAACAGCUGAAGAAAGAAAACAAAAAAAUCUUUUCUCUCGUUAUUGUUCAACACCAUGUUAUUUAACAGAUAAAAAUAAACAUUUAAAUGAUAUUAAAAUUCCUGUUUGUGAAACUGUGGUUACAAAACUUAUUGAAGAAGGAAUGCCUGAAACAUUAGCAAAUCAUUUUGGUCAUAUAUUUAUUCGUGAUCCACUUGUGAUUAUGGAUAGAUUUCUUCAUCCAACUGAUGAUACAAAUUCAUAUCAUUUUGAAAAUUUAAACUCUCUUGUAUGGAAUACUUUACGAUUAAAACCACCACCAUUGGAUGAUGAUAAAAUGGGAUGGAGAGUUGAAUUUCGACCUAUGGAUAUUCAAAUGACUGAUUUUGGAAAUGCUGCAUUAACUGUUUUCUUAGCAUUAAUGACAAGAGUUAUUAUAACUUAUGGUCUUAAUUUAACAAUUCCAAUAUCUCAAGUUAAUGAAAAUAUGAAUAGAGCUCAUCAUCGUGAUUCAACACGCCAAGAAAAAUUUUAUUUUCAAUCUACUACUGGUGUAACUGAAAUGUGUAUGAAUGAAAUUAUAAAUGGUACAAAUGAUUUUCGUGGUCUUGUUCCACUUGUAAGACAAUAUAUUAGUGAACGAGAAGAUAUUGAUGCUGAUACAAGAUAUACUAUUGAACAAUAUCUUUUACUUGUAUCAAAACGAGCUGCUGGUACUUUAUUAACAAAUGCUUCAUGGAUAAGACAAUUUGUUCUUUCACAUCCAUCUUAUAAACAAGAUUCAAUUGUAUCAGAAGAAAUUCAAUAUGAUCUUCUUAAAAAAAUAGAACAAAUUUCAAAUGGACGUGAAGAUUGUCCACAAAUAAAACAUCCUAAAAUGGAAACACAUACGGAGUUACAUGCGCAUUAA